AUGCUGAAUUCUUUUCUUCGUCGUUUCACGACCUCCGCGUCGACUGCGAAGCCUCUUCUUUUUAAAAUUCAGUUCGAUAUUGCCAUAGACAACAAGCCGUCUGGACGUAUAACAUUCAAGCUAUACGACGACGUCGUCCCGAAGACCGCGAAGAAUUUCAGGGAGCUCGCUACGGGCCAACAUGGCUUCGGCUAUGCUGGAAGCACUUUUCACCGUGUCAUUCCCACUUUUAUGCUUCAAGGAGGUGAUUUUACGCGGCACGAUGGUACUGGCGGCAAGUCGAUAUACGGCGAGAAGUUCGCAGAUGAGAACUUCAAGCUGAAGCACGAAAAACCUGGAUUAUUGUCCAUGGCUAAUGCUGGCCCGAACACUAAUGGUUCUCAAUUCUUCAUCACCACGGUGGUCACGUCAUGGUUGGAUGGCAAGCACGUUGUCUUUGGUGAAGUAGAAGAAGGGAUGGAUGUUGUGAGGAAUAUUGAAGCUCAGGGUACGAGAAGUGGGCGCACAAACAGCAAAAUCUCUAUAACAGCAUCUGGUACUGUAGAGUGA